CGAACUAUGUUGUUACCAAUAUGUUAUGUCCUACAAGGUUUACUGAAAGCUUUGACUUGGAUUAUUGACUGUGUAUUCAGUUUAUUUGAAAGAGAAAGAAUACAGGAAGCAGGGACAUCAGAUAUAGCGGCAGCAGAGACAGAACAAGCAAAGAUAGUGACGGCAGAGACAGAAACAGCAGAGAUAGAAAGUGCAAGGAUUGAGACAGCGGUGAUAGAAACCUCAGAAAGAGAACCAGCAAAGAUGAAGAGAGCAGAGGUAGAGACAUCAGUGACAGAAGUAUCAGAAAUAGAGACAACAGUGAUAGAGACCGCUGAAAUAGAGACAACCGAUAUGGAGGCAGCAGAAAUAGAGGAAGCAGUGAUAGAAAAAGUAGUGAUAGAAACAGCGAUAAUGGAGACAACAGUAAUAGAGACAGCAAAGAUAGAUGCAGCAGUGAGCGAAACGGCAGGACUACAGACAGGAGAGACAUUCGAUAUAGAGCCAGCAGAGACACAACGAGCAAAGAUAGAGGCAGCAGAGACAGAGACAGAGACAGCAGAGGUAGAGAUAGCAAAGAUAGAAAGUGCAAGGAUUGAGGCAACGGUGAUAGAAUCCUCAGAAAAAGGACCAGCAAAGAUAGCGAGAGCAGAUAUAGAGACAGCAGUGAUAGAAGCGGCAAGAAUACAGACAGAUGAGGCAGCGGAAGUAGAGAUAGAGACAGCAAAGAUGGAAUGGUUAAAGACAGAGACAGAAGUGGUAGAGACCUCAGAAAAAGGAGCAGAAGAGAUAAAGAAAGGAAAGAUAGAAAAAGCAAAGAUAGAGACAGCAGAGAUAGAGAUAGCAGAAAUAGGGACAGCAAAGAUAAAGACAACAAACGUGAAGAGAGCAGAAAUGAGGUCGAUAGAGAUGAAAACAGCAGUGAUAGAAACAGCAAAGACAGAGACAGCAGAAAUAGGAGGAGCCGAGAUAGGAACAGUAGAGAUGGAGACAGCAGAGGUAGACACAACAGAGAUAGGGACACUAAAGAUAGGGGCAGUCAAGAUAGAAAAAGCAAAGGUAGAGACAACAGUGAUGGAGACAGCAAAUAUAGAGAAAGCGGAGACGGAGAGAGUAAAGAUAGAUAUAGCAGAAAUGGAGACAGCAGAGAUGAAGACGAUGGGAACAGUGGUGAUCCAGACAAAAAAAGAUGGAGACAGCAGCGAUGGAGAGAGCGGUGAUGGAAAGGACAGAGAUAGAGAGAGCAGAGAUGGGGAGAACAGAGAUGGAGAGAGCAGAGAUGAAGAGGGCAGAAUUGGAAAGGGCAGAUAUGGAGAGGACAGAGAUGGAGAGGGCAGAGAUGGAGAGAGAAGAGAUGGAAAGAGCAGAGACAGAGGGAGAAGAGACAGAGAGAGCAAAGAAAGAAAACAGAGAAAGAAAAAUACUUUCCCAGCAAUGGAGGCGAAAACAAUGGAGACAAAGACAAAAACAAAGUCGCAUUCACGGCAAGCCGUUCGACGUACGGUGACUUGUCAAGUCAAAUCCAGCCAUUAUCGGCGUUCUAUUAGAUUCAGUUCGCAACGUAACGUCAUUAGAGUCGCUAGACCUCCAAACCCGGCAGAACAAGCCGCUGACGUUACCACACCUUGCCAGCCUUCAGAAAAGCGACAACUGAGGAAAUAUGUGCGUCGCAGAGUCCAACUCUCUCGGUUUACACGAUUUCGGCAAGUCAAAAAACGUAAACUAGCUAAUCGAGUUACUCGUAACCCUAUUCAGUAAGUCAACUAGUUUAGUAACGUUUGUUAAUCUAGCUAGCUAAGUCUGUGCAUGAUUGUGCUUGUGACAUUUUGGUUAUUGAUUUUACAUUUCAUUGUGAAACAUAUUGCUAUUAUAUCCUAAUACAA